CACAGUUUCACACUGUGGCUCAAGAGUGACUUCUUUUGCGUUGCUGGAAUUAGAACUCUGCACUUCAUUAUUUCUACGGUUCUCGGCCGGAGUGUGGAGGAGAUGCAGCGCAGUCGGCUACCCCUCGGCGUGUGAGCGGACUCCGUCAUGGCUUCAGACACGGCGGCAGACUCGUGGAGUGUCGGGAAUACUACAUACUGCAACCCCGACUCUCUGCCUUCACUGCGUGAAUACUAUGGAGCUGUGGACCCGCUCAUCAUCGUGCUGGUGUGCACCGCCCUGGCUGUGGUGGCCAUCACUAUAACCCUGUACUCCACCACCAUGAGGGACAUCGUCCAGCGGGCGCCCCGCGAGGUCAAAGGCGACACCGCCGCCGUGCUCGCCAUACACCCGGUGGGUGCAGUGAUCGUGUUCCUGUCGCUGCUGGUGCCACGUGCCGACUUCCUGGUGGAGGUGGUGCUGCAGGGCACCUUCGUGGUGUGCCUGUACAAAUUCUUCUGCUUGCUGGUGGCGUACGGCGGCGGUGAGGAGGAGCUGACCCUCAAGCUGCGUCCAGCCGCCUUCCAGCCAAUCACGGGGCCCUGCUGCUGCUGUCCGUGCUGCCGUCUCUGCUGCUCGCCGCUAGAGGUCUCCAAGAGCAGCCUGACGAGGAUCCGGGUGCUCAUCCUGCAGCUGCCAGUGGUGCAGUGGCUCAUCGACCUGGUGCUCUUCGUCCUCUUGGCUGAGGACCAGGCGGUGUACCAGGCAGUUUACCAAUGGGUGCAGGUGGUGCCCAUGGUUUCGCUGAUGGUGGCGCUGUGGGGCGCCAACAUGUUUCUGUCAUUGCUCGGGGAUGCCCUCGCCGAGCACCGCCCCUGA